AUGUUUAAAGACUACCUCAAUGCAAGCAGCGAACAGUGCAAUAGAACAGUGCAGCUCUAUGUGUACAACCUCACCUCCUCCUACGCCGACCAGAGGAAUGAGGCCCCCAUGGUGGCCACCUCUGUGAUCAUGUUCAUCCUCGCCGCGCUCUUCUUCAACCUCAACCUCUUCAGCCGCCUUUCAGACAUCAGCGCCAUCCUCAACCCCAGCGUCCGCCUGUUCCUCUCCACCUCGCUCUCCCUCUUCCUCCCCGUUAUGUCCUACCUCUUCUCUGAGGCCAAGAACGAUGCCGCAAAUGGUGGUCACAUGACCGAGCUCUCGGUGCGAGCCCGGACGAUCCUCACGUGGAUGCUCCUCGUGGAGCUGCUCCGCAGGAAGGUGGAGGAGAUCCUGGUCACCGCAGGCGGCGUUCAGGGGUAUUCAGGUACCAUCGAGCGCGCCGCUCGGAUCGGCUGGCUGGGCUACCUCGUCUUCUACAACCUCAGAAGCGCCGGCAAGAAGGCACUGUUUGGCAUCCUAUGGGUGUUGGCGGCCUCCAAGCUGGUGCAGAGGUUCAUCACGCUCGAGCUAGGGAAGCGUUCCUUUGCCUAUGGAAAGAACCCCCAGCUUGUCUCCUCCUACAUGAAGACCCUCCACGACCACGAUGAGCAGGAGCAGCACGCAAGCAACAUUGGGUCGGAGCUUCUGAAGCGGUGCAACUAUGUGGUGAUGGGUGAAGAGGAGUUGGAGAAGACGGCUGGCCCCAAUGGAUAUAGCCUGCUGGAGUCAACGGAGGCCAUCACCAAAGACGGCUCUCCCGUUGUAACGGUUGGCAAAAUCUGGAGGCUCGCCGACGACAACAACGACCGGUUGCUCCAGAGGAACCCUAGGCUCAAGCGGAUGUGCCUCUCCUUCGCGCUCUACAAGCUGCUGCGCCGGAGGCUGGAGGACAUCCCAAUCAGCAGCGCAGAGGCUCGCAGUCGCAACUGCCACGACCUCAUCUUCAAAGGCCUGUGCCAAGAACGAGUCAUGGCUGAUACUGAUCAUAAAGUGGAGGUGGAGGACACCACCGCCGCCGUUAAGGUGGAGGACAGGGACACCGCCGCCGCCGCCGUUAACCUGCUCCAAGUCUUCAACGACGAGAUCCAGUUCCUCUGCGAGUACUACCACUCUGUUCAGCCCGUGGUGUUCGCGAGCCCCUUCUUCUUCCUCGCCAAUUACAUCCUGUUCCCCAUUCUUGUCUGGGCCUCGUGCAUCCUCACGAUCCUCCUGUGCAGCAACGGGGACGUGUCGUACGCCUUCCAGAGCUUCCGUGACGAUAACCACGCCGCAUACGACGGCAUCAUCAAGCUUCCCGGAUGCAUCCUGACAAAAAUCACGACGUCAGCCCCGGAACUCUUCACCGUCGUCGACAUAUGCGUCACCGUCCUCCUCUUCCUCUCCUUCGCCUACGAGGAGGUCUGGGAGUUCGUCGUCUUCCUGCUCUCCAAUUGGUUCAUGGUGUCCCUGCUCUCCAGCUACACCUGCAAGCCCCGGCGGUGGCUGAGCGGGGUCAUCCGUCGCAUCAUGUGGGUGCGCAGCAGGCUGAGCCAACCCAACGUCUGCUUCAAGCAGUUCUCCGUGCUCUGGUUCUGCUGCUGCCACAUCUCCACGGCGCUACCGACUAAGGCCGUGCCCAAACGAGCCAAGAAGGCUAUCAUGGAGAGGCUGGACAGAGCCAGUAAUGACGUCGCUCCUCUUACCAAAGGCAUGGACGACGCGCUGAAAUCCGACGAGCACCGUCGGCUUUUCUCAUGGGCGUGCGGCGGCGAUGGCGUCGCCGAGGUCAUCCUCAUCUGGCACAUCGCCACCGAGCUCUUGGAGGCGGAGCACGCGCUGCCGAAGCGGAGGAAGCCCGAAGGAGCAAAUUACCGCGAGGUGGCCACGGCGCUGUCCAGGUACUGCGCCUACCUGGUGGCGUUCCGUCCGGAGCUCCUCCCCGACGACAAGGACGGAACGGAGCGCGUGUACAGGGAGACGAAGGAGGAGCUGAAGAAGGAGAUGGGGUGCGUGUGGUACUACUGCUCCGGGGUGGACGCCAGGUCCAGGAAGCUGAAGGAGAUCCAGCAGGGACAUGGGCACGAGGAGGCGACGACGACCAUGACGGCGCUGCACAAGGGAGCAAAGCUGGGCAAGGCUCUCAUGGACAUGCACGGCGACGUCAACGCCGCGGCUGACGACGUGUGGAAGCUGCUGGCUGACCUCUGGACGGAGGUCGUGACGUACGCGGCGCCGACAAGCAGCGAGCUGCACGUCAAGGCACACAAGGAGGCGCUGGCGCAGGGCGGCGAGUUCAUCACCGUGCUUUGGGCGCUCACCACCCACACUGGCAUAGCCCAUGCCCGUGGGCCGGUGGCGGCAGCCACCCACACUGGCAUAGCCCGUGCCCAUGGGCCGGUGGCGUGGCGGGCACCGCCGCCACCUGCCUUCGUUUAG